UAUUUUAAUUUACUAAAAUUUAUUACAAAUGGAUUUAACAAGAAGUUCAUUAUUAAUUGUCAGUUUAUUUAUCCAGAUUGUAUAUGUUAAAUCACAAUCAAAUUGUAAUUUUACCAAUCUUAUCGAAUGUUGCAGUAUUGAAGGUGGAAAACAAGCACUAACUUUUAUUCAAAGUCAACCUAUUGGAAUUAAUACUGAACAAGUCGUAAAAUACUAUACGGAUUUGUGCAAGUUUCGUACGUUGUAUGAACAGGCAUCAUUUAUUAAAGCACAAUAUGAAAAAUUAUCAACUGCAGAUUUAACUACUAUGUUUACUACACCUAAACCUACACAAAAAUCUACUAUUACACCUAGAACUACACAGAAACCUACUAUAACUACACAGAGACCUACUGGAACUAGAACUACACAGGAAACUACCGUAAGUACACAGAAACCUACUGCAACUAAAACUACACAGGAAACUACCGUAAGUACACAGAAACCUACUGCAACUAAAACUACACAGGAACCUACCAUAAGUACACAGAAACCUACUGCAACUAAAACUACACAGAAACCUACUUAUACUAUACUUAGAACUACAGAAAAAUCUACUACACAAAUAAUGAACAGAACUAAUGCUCCAUAAGUGUUCGAAUCUUCACUGGGAAUAAAUUUGGACAAUGUCAGGAGUAAAACAAAACAAACAAAAAAAUAACCCAGUUCAUAACUGUAGCAAUGUAGACAAUUAAUUAGUAAAUACAAAUAUAUAAAUUACAUG